AUGUCCCAUCGUCGCAGAGGAGUGGGAGUGGGCCGAAGUGGUGCUGCCAAGAAGCAGUUUGCCAAAAAGGCGGAUGAAAUGAAGGCCACUUCGCUGCAAUCGGCAUUGGAUACCGUGGAAAAAUUACGAGUCAAACUGCAAGAGUUUGCCAAAGACCAUCAAACGGAAAUUCAAGACGAUCCGGCCUUUCGGCAGCAAUUUUUGCAAAUGUGUGCUCCUCUCGGUGUCGACCCGUUAGUGUCGCGGAGGUCCUUUUGGUCCAAGACAUUGGGAGUUGGCAUGGGAGACUAUUAUUUCGAACUCGCCGUCAAAAUUGCCGAAGUCUGCUUUGCCACCCGGUCCAAGAAUGGUGGCAUUAUUGCCGUUUCGGAAAUCCAAGAGAUAUUGAGUCGCAACAAGAAGAAAAAGGUGCACAAGGGUGACAUCCCCAUUGCCGUUAACAAAUUGAAGUCUCUGGGUGGAGGAUUUCGAAUCAUGGAGAUUGGAACCACUUCCAUGAUUGUUUCGGUGCCCACGGAACUGGAUUCGGAUCAUGUCCAAGUAUUUUCACUGGCGGAAAGUGGAGAAGGUUGUAUUACUACUGAUGACAUUGCUACACAGUUGGGCUGGAAUCAGGAACGGGCGGAUCGAGUCAUGAAACUAUUGCUUUCGGAAGGAAUGGCCUGGGAAGACAAGUAUCAUGGUGUAUCAUUUUAUUGGUUUCCGAGUGUUUGGAAAGAGCAACGUCAAGCUGAAUUGUUGUCCUAA